AUGCAUCUCUCCAAGACGCUGGUCGCUGCCUUCUCCUUUGCGGCUGUAUCCACUGCAAUUGUGAUUGAUGGAGCGCCAGAUGUCAAUAGCAGUGCCGUUCAGAAGCAUCUACAAGAUCGGUCGGCAUUGAUCACGUUGGAGAAGCGACAACGACAGGAUCACGCUUUCCGCCAGAAUCUCUCUGCGGUAGCCCGGCAGGCGGAUGCGAUCGUCGACGCAAUCCGUCAACAUGAGAUUGACAGUUUCUGGAGGGUGUCGGGGACGGUGGAGGACGAGGACAGGGAACGCUUUGCGGGCGAGAUGUUUCCCAAAGCUAAGCCGCUGAUCCCCGACACGCAACUCUGGAACAUCGUGAAACGCAUGCCCAAGGGCGCACUCUUGCACGCUCACCUGGCUGCCAUGCUUCCGUUCGAAAUCCUGCUUGAUGCCGUCAUGAACACCGAGGGGAUGGUCGUCUCCGUGUCGCAGCCGGUGAUGAGCGAGGUCUCCCAGAAGAACGCAUCAGUCACCUUCGCUCAUGUCAACCACACCAUCGCGGCCUCAGGGCCAGCCAUCGAUUCCACUGACUACAUGCCCAACACACAGCUUCCUGUCAAGUAUGCCGCGCAGUCGUUCGCUGGAGGUGAGAAGGCUUUUGGUGAAUUCGUCUUGUCUAAGGUCCAGAUUCAACCGGAAGACUCGAUUCGGCACGACCUGGGCGUCGACGAGAUUUGGAGGAUCUUCCAGGCGGCCUUCGACCCGGCUGAUAGCAUGAUGUCUUACGAGCCCAUUCUGCGGACUUUCUACCAACGGCUCUUUGCGGCUCUGGUCGACGACGGGAUCAAUUGGGUGGAAAUACGUGCGAGUGCAUCCACUGGAAUACUGGUCCACGAGGGGGAAGAGGAUGCCGAUCCCAACCUCGAUGUCUACUGGCAGGUGUUGGUCGAGGAGUUGGAAGGUUUCAAGCAGACUGACAAGGGAGAAAACUUCUGGGGCGCGCGUGUGAUUUGGUCCGAUAUUAGAAGCGAGAAUCGCACUGCACUCACAAACAGAACGUUGACAGCACCAGGCAUGAAAGUUGCCCUUGGGAGAAAAGCCAAGUUUCCGGAACUUAUCAGCGGUUACGACCUAGUGGGCCAGGAAGAUCUCGGCCGUCCACUGGCUGACGUGACUCCGGAGCUGGUCUGGUUCCGUGAACAGGCAGAGCGACUGAACCUCACCAUCCCCUUCUUCUUCCACGCCGGAGAGACCCUCGGGGAUGGUAAUUCCACCGACUACAAUCUGGUGGAUGCGAUCUUGUUCAACACCCGACGGAUCGGCCAUGGCUUCAGUCUGUAUAAGCAUCCUCAGCUGAUCGACGAGGUGAUCACGAACUCGAUCAUGGUCGAGGUUUGCCCUAUCUCGAAUGAGGUUCUGCGUCUUGCGACCGACAUUCUCCACCACCCGCUGCCUGCUAUGAUCGCCCAUGGCAUUGCGACUGCUAUCAGUAAUGAUGAUCCGGCUAUCCUGGGCCAGGAUGCCGCUGGUCUGAGCUAUGAUUUUUAUCAAACCAUCCAAGGGUUCGACAAUAUCGGAUUGGCAGGAUUGGGAGCCCUCGCGCAGAACAGCCUUCGAUGGGCCAACUUUGAGGACCAAUCGGACGCGGACUGGGUGCGAGACAUUGACCUUGGAGAACAGGGCACUGGAAUCAAAGCCCAAUAUAUGCAAGUCUGGAACCAACAAUGGGAGGAUUUCUGUCAGUGGGUUGUCGACGAGUACGGCAGCGAGUGGCUGAACGCGACGAUUGAUAUGACUAGUACAGCAUGA